AUGGCGGAGGGGGUGGCCCCUGGGGACUCCUACAGGACCUACGUCCCGCUGUGCAGGGAGCUGAGAGCUGCAGGGGCCCUGGCUCAGGAGGAGAGAUUCUGGUUGCGCCUGCAGGAGGAGCGGGUGACGGUGCAGGAGGGCCAGUGCGUCCUCGUGCCCUGCAACGUCUCCUACCCCAAGGAGCACGGCCCAGCUUACGGCUACUGGUACAGGGACAAGGGAGAGUGUCAGGGUACACAGGGUGACCUGGUGGCCACAAACGACCCAAAUGGAAAGGUGCAUGAGACCCAGACCCCGCAGCGAUUCCACCUACUGGGGGGCCCCUGGAACGACAGCUGCUCCCUGGACAUCAGAGACACGCGGAGAGGGGACACGGGGACCUACUACUUCAGGGUGGAGAGAGGGGGUCAUGUGAGACAUAAUUACUGUGAUCAGCGGCUCUCUGUAAACGUGACAGCGCUGACCCACAGGCCGGACAUCCACCUCCAGGGGCCCCUCCAGUCCGGCCGGCCCAGGAACAUCACCUGUGCGGCGCCCUGGGCCUGUGAGAGGGAGACACCCCCCACCUUCUCCUGGACGGGGGUUGGCCUCGGCGCCACGAGCACCGACUCCCCGGUGCUCACCCUCAGCCCGGGGCCCCAGCACCACGGCUCCAACCUCACCUGCCGGGUGACCUUCCCCGCAGUGAACGUGAGCACAGAGACCACCGUCCGGCUCAGCGUGGGCUAUGCGCCCCAGAACCUGACCAUCCAGGUGAUCAGGGAAGAAGGUUCAGGGCCUGAAGCACUGGGCAAUGGCUCCUCUCUCCCGGUGCAGGAGGGCCAGUCCCUGCGCCUGGCCUGUGUGGUCCACAGCAGCCCUCCCACCAAUCUGACGUGGGUCUGGGGGAGCCAGAUGGUGAAGUCCUCUCCAAGCCUACACUCCGUGGGUGCGGUUGGCACAUGGGAGCACCCCCAGACCCUGGAGCUGGAGCUGGCCAGGGUGCGCCUGGAGGACCACGGGAAACUCCUCUGCUGCGCUGAGAACCCCCUGGGCUCCCAGGAGGCCUCCCUGAGUCUCUCUGUGGAGACCCCGUGGGACCCUCCCUGUGCUGGCGGCUGGGGGAGCAGCAGAAAUGCCUUCACCCAGGUCAUCUUCAGCCUCUCGGGGCUCUGGGCCAACAGCUCCCUGUGCCUCGGCGGGUCUGAGAUGGUCCCUGGCUCCCCCCCACACACCACGCCAGCUCCCCUCCCCAAACAAGCUCUGGCAAGAAGCUCCCCAACAGCUGUCACUCAGCCCCAGCCCUGCCGCCCCCACAUCCAGGGGCACCAGGGUGGAUCCUGGGCUGACAGCCCCCCACGCCCCCAGGGCCCAGCGGAGGCCCCCUCAGAGGAGGAGCAGGAGCUGCAUUACGCCAACCUCGCAUUCCUCAAGGCAAGCACCAGGGCCUUUCUGGUCCAGGAGACCCCUGAGUACGCCGAGGUCACCGUCCGACAUGGAGCCGCCCUCUCCUGA